CCCCCUCCGGCUCCCAGCACCCCGUCCCACGCGCGCCGCCGCCGCCGCCGUCCCCGUCCGUCCUCGCCGGGACGCCCCGCGCUCCUGCCCGCAGCCUUCGCCCACUUCCGAGCUGUCAAGGAAGAGAGCAAUGGACGUCCACAGGGCAGAGCCUCCCCAUACAGGAGCCGCUGCUCUAGACCCCCGACGGGCCGAGGCCGCCAACAGGCACGUGAGGGCGCUGAAUACCCAGUUUGCAAGCUGGGUGCAAUCGCAGUUGCAAAACCAUCCGGCCGAACUUUGGGAGGAUGGCAUGAAAGAUUACUUAUCCCAUGCUUCUGAAAUAAUGGAAAGUUUCAAGGAUGUUGUCAAUUGGCUUAGGCAGAAUAAAGCAGGUACGACAGCUCUUUCAUCCCCAAGUCCAGCCAAUGAGGAGAAGACUACUACGCCGGCAACUGUCAAUAGCAAGUUUAUGGUACAGCCAGGAUCAGAUAAUGGACAGAAGAGUCCAACUACAGGAGCCAGCUCCCUAGCUUUUCAGAACUCAAGCUCACCGAAUAUGUUCUCACUCCCUUCUCAGAAGAAAACGGCACCUUUUGGCAGCAUAUUUGAUAACAAGGACACACCUGGCGACAGCAGCAAAUCGACUUUCCAGUUUGGUGGAAAUAACGGCUUUUCAACACCAACUAACACGCCUGGCGAUAGCAGCAAAUCGACUUUCCAGUUUGGUGGAAAUAACGGCUUUUCAACACCAACUACCCCGUCCAUUUUUUCUACCCCUGGUUCCAGUUUUAACAUGCCAGCCCCAACACUGUUUUCAAUGAACCAGCAACCAAUUUUCACUGGAUCAGGAAACAUGAAAGCUGCUGAAGCUUCAGCUGAUGCGGAUGAAGAUGCUGAAGCCGAGCAACCAAGCAGCCCUUCUGUAAAGAAAGCAGAAGAGAAAGGAAUAGUUGUUGUUCAUGAAGCCAAAUGCAAGGUGUAUGUGAAGCAUGAUGAUGCUACCAAGGGUUGGAAAGACAUUGGUGUCGGUCAGCUCUCUAUCAGAUGUAAAGAGGGUGCAGAGAAAGCUUCGAAAGAGUCCACCCCAACAGUUGUUAUCAGAAAUGAUGUUGGCAAAAUUCUUCUGAAUGCUAUGAUCUACAAGGGGAUAAAGAUGAGUGUUCAAAAGAACACAGUUGCCUCAAUAUUUCACACUUCAGAUGCGCAGUCUGAAUCAGAUGGUGGCAAUGUUGUAGCUCGAACAUACUUACUCCGACUGAAAAACGAAGAGGCGGCUACAAACUUGUCAGCGGUGAUCAAAGAGAACGCACCGCUGGACUGAUCCUGUAUGGCCUGCAUUAAUUAUCUUCUUGAAGGUUUGCUUUUGGCAAUAUUGGUAAUGUUUAGAGGGGCUCGAUAACUUGCUGCGACGGGCCAAGGGAUGCCUUGCCGAGUUUUUGUCACCGAGUUACACACCUAAGAAGCACGCCUGGAUGAAUUUUUGAUGUCUAGUAUGUUUAGCUGGUCGUGUUGUAUCACCUGUUCUUUAUUUGUUGAUGACAGUGUGUUGUAGCACCUGUUGGCUCCAGUAAGGUUACGCCUUGUUAAUGCUAACGAGGCAACGUAUCGUGUCGGUGGCCUGAACUACACAGUUGAAAACCAUUUCUAGGCCAUCCUGUGAUGUUCAGCCAUGGAAUUGCCUGUUGCUUGAACCUUGCAAUCUGGAUUUAAGUGGUGAAUUAUCUCGCUAUUGCGGAACAAGAGAGCAAUUUCAUUGCUUCGGUUUGCGGAAA